GCUCUCAUUCCCUUCAAAAUUUUACUCCUCUCUCCUUCCUUCUCCCGCACCUUCCUUUUCAUUUUCACUCUCCAUGGCUACUACCACCGAAUCCUCCCUCCUCUCCGAUCUCCAAACGUCCGAUGACUCGAAAGGCAUCCACUCACUGGUCUCCGACUACCUCCACCCCAUCUCCACUCUCGCAAACUCCAAGAAGAAGAAACCUGACCAGGCCGCCGUCCGCUCCCUCGCCAAACAGUUCUUGUCCUUUCUUUCCAAAUCCUUCCCAAUAAUAUACAAGCGUAUCUACAUACAGAACCCUAAUCAACAACAACAUGCCUCUCUUAGUUAUUUCUUCGAGACUUACCGACUUUGCAUAACUUGUCUCGAGUUCGUCUCCUCGCAGUUAGCCGGCGGUGCGCACUUGGUUCAGAUCCAGAGAUUGAAGCUCGUAUACUGUUUGCAAUCGUGGGGCCGGUACGAUGAGGCAGAAAGCGAAGCACUUAGGGUUUUGGAGAGGCUUAGAGGGGAAGUCAAGUCUAAAGGUAAAUUUGUUCCGGGUAUUGAUAUUGCUGGUGGCGAUUCGAAGUUUGGAUCUAUUGUGGUCGAGGCGGUGGCGUCUGUAGUGAAAAGCGUGGCCAUGGGACACUGUAAAGAUUCCGGGAAAUAUGAAAGAGUUCUUGCUUUGUUGGAGCAAGUGAGGCCUUGGUGCAGGGCAUUAGAAGCCGAUGUUGUUGAGAAGUCGCACAAUGUGCUUGUUACUUUUCUGGGUAGAUGCUGCCGGUUUUUGAUUGAGGAGAUUAAUCAUUUUGGCGAGGAGUUGAUUCGAGGGUUCUGCAAUGAAUGUUUGGCCGAGUAUGCAAGGUCAAUGAUGAAGGAUCAAGUUUUCAAGUUUGCCCGCAGAAUAUGUUCCUCAUUGUUCUCGCUAGAGAGAACUGAUAGCUCAAUUCAAAUUGACUUAGUAACGUUUUUGUUAGUCUCCAUUUCCCGUGAAUGCAAGGUUGAUAUAGAUAAUAAUGCAAUGGAGUUUGUUGAACUUGUUGAUUAUUGUGCCUAUAAAUGUAGAGAUGCUGGCACAACUUUCUGUAGUACUCUUGCAAAACGUUUAAAUGACAUGGCAGGUGAUUUUCAUCAGGCUACAAUCCCUGUUGAUCUAAUACUGAGGCUUUAUGCAACCGGGCUAGAUUUCUCUGUGCGCAAUGUUAAGCUGAAAUAUAAUGAUCGUACUACUUCCAAAGGUGUAGAAGAUGAUUCAGCUAUUGAUGUUUUGUUUCUUGAAAGGGAUAAGCUGCACAAUUUGUCUGGUUUACUUGGUUUGCUUGGAAAUUGCUGUAACAUUGGUAAAAGUGACCCUAGCAUUGCAUCUGAUGUUGAAUGCAAAAAUUCUUUGCCUUGCAAAGACAAAAAGGCUUGUCUAGUGAUGUACUAUAAUACACUGAAGUUCUUGUGUCAGCCACUUGCUGAACUAGUAAAUUCAGAGAAAAAACGCAUACUUGCUGAAACUGAAGCCUCAUCUGAUUCUAGCAGCCUCUGCAUUAUCCAGGACGCUUUUUAUCAGUUCUGUGAUAGUUUCUUUUCUCUUGAGAGCUGUGCAUCUGAAACAAAGAGAGAAGGAUUUGAUGAUGGUGAAGAAGUGUUAGUACCUAGUAUAAUUGUGGCAGGGUUCAUUCUUUCCACCUGUACAAAGUGUAAAAUUCCGAAGAGUGUGUGCUACAUUAAGCAAAUAAUUGGCAGUGGAAGGAUUCAAUCUCAAGGGCUAAAAUAUGUCUAUGUCUCUCUGUAUAAUAUUGGUGUUCUUAUGUACAGAAGCAAGCAAAUUAAAGAGGCUUUGAAGGCUUUAAAACUUUCUCAUAGAGCAUCAUGGACUAAUAUUCAACUUCUCCGUGAGAUGUUUAUUCAUAAGAAAAGUUCUGCUGAUCAUCUGUCAGAAGAUGUUGUCAGAGAUUUGGUAACUGAUGCAUGUACUAGAAGUGCAUUUCUUUUGGAAGUUCUCCAUGCAUGUGGAAAUCUUAAGGUGGAAAAAAUUAUUGUGGAGAGUCUUGAAAACUGGUCCGCGCUUGAAAAUUUGUUUAGACAGUUGUCAGGUCCUAUGCCUUUGAUAAAGCAAUGGGUUAAGAUACAGUGCAAACUUCAUAAAAACAAGGAUUUAGAGGAUAGUGCUCCAACUUUAUGUUGUAUGCUGUUGUCUUCUGCGGAAGUGUCAAAGAUGGCCAUUUGCAAAAUUUUAGAGCAGGAGCUUCUUGCGUAUCAAGAAAUGACUCAUGGGUACCCAGAUUUUUGUCAGAGAAUGCAAAUUAAAGUUAUCAAUUUACUUCUGCAAGAUGCUUAUGCCAUAGAAGAUAGUCCUUUACUGAAAGCAAGGAUGUUAAUUAGAAAGGGGAGAACGAUAAGGGCCAAUGGGAUUGAAGCUUUGAAGGACUGUAUUUGGUGCUUGUCUGAAGCUAUAUCUAUUAUGAAAAACUUCUACAGUGAAACAAGUAUUGCUGGAACUCCAGCCUGCCAUCAAUUAGCUGCUGCUUAUUGUUUACUUGCACUAUGUACUCAGGAAGCUGAACCAAACUCAGAGCAACUUUAUCAAGAUAUCUAUGCUGCCUUGGAUCUUUGGUUGAGCAUAUUCAUUCCUGAUAGUUGUUUUGUGGAUGACGAGUUCAAAAUGGUGUCCGGAAAUACACUGCAACUUCUAUAUAAUGUACUUGAUUUGCUAUCAGUGAAGGGUUACACGAAAUUACACAGUAGCAUAUAUAAACUGAUAAUUAGAAUAUACAAACUAAACAAUGUAGAACUUGGGAUAUGUGUGGCCAACCUUUGGGAGUGUAGGCGGCUUAGCCAUGCACUCUGUGUUUCUCCAGUAAAUGAGUCAUUCAUCACAAACUUAUCAGAGCAUUGCGGUGGAAGUUCCAAAUCUGUUGACUUCUGGAUGCAUAGUCUAAGUGGAUCCCAACCAGGGCUUCUUGGGUUCCAACAGAACCUCACAUGUUUCUUUAACAAUUUCAAUCAUGGCUUAAAAAAUCCUGAAAGCGAUAUACAAUCAGCUGUCUCAGCUAACAAUGUAAAUCUAGUUGCUUCUGAACUCAUUGCGAGUGAUCCUGUGCGUAGUCACUCUCUCUUCCUUGCGGGGUAUCUCUACUAUGAUUUGUGUGAAAGACAGAUUUGCCGUGGACGAUUAUUUGAGGGUCUUUCAUAUGCAAAAGAAGCUUUUCGAUUGCGGAGUCAACUUUUCAAAAGAAAAUUUACAUUCUCAAUUGAGGCGCUGGUUGAGAAAUACAACGAAUCUGGUGAAAUAGGUGAAAUUGCCCAGACAGCUAUAAAUGGUCCUAAGACUCUUCAAGUACACAGAAUAGUUGCUAGUGAACUUUGGUCUUUUGACAGUAGUUCAUCAAACCUAUGUGGCUGUUAUCUUAGUCCGUGGAAUGUACUUCAAUGUUAUAUUGAAAGCAUUCUUCAGGUUGGAUGUAUUAAUGAAAUGAUUGGAAAUGGGGUUGAGGCUGAAUCUUUCCUAUUAUGGGGAAAAAGUAUCUCCUGUUCACAGAACUUACCACUAUUUGAAGCUACUUUUUCUUCUAUCUUGGGGAAAUUAUAUCGAAAGAAACGACUCUGGAAUUUUGCAGAGCAGGAACUGCAAAGUGCCAAAAGAAUUCUGGUGGACAGCAGCAGCCAUUGUUCCUGCAUAAGAUGCCGAUUGAUGCUGGAAGCUAAUCUUGACCAACAACUUGGUGAUUUGUUCCGUAAUCUUUUUGAUAUUUCUACCAUAAAUGAUUCAAAAGGGAAAUUAUCUCGUGCUGAAGUUCUGUAUAAAUCAGCCCUUGAGAAAUUAAAUUGUUCCGAGUGGAAAAAUAUCAUUUGCGAUGCAGAAAGUAAUGUGGAUCUGGCAGUCAGAAAUACUAUAAUAAAUGGUGAAGAUGUUGCUGGCAAUGCUGCUACUCAGCCAGAGGCAAUAGGUGCUAGAAAGGGUAGGAAAACGAAGAAUGUAUCCAAAUCUGUGAUGAAGGAGCAACAUGUGAUACCCGAACGAAGAAGUUCAAGGGUAACUCGCUCUAGAUUUCGAUCAUCUCAAAACCAAAGCACAACCUGUACUGGUGAAGCACAAAUUGAGAUUUCGAAACAUUCAAAUGGUAAUGUUGCAUCCAAACUCUCUGACACCUGUUGGGAAAAGGACUCCUCGCUCUUGGGUAAAGGAAGCUGUAUGGAGGAAUUGACGAGUGAAAUUGCAUGCUUUUGUAACCAAACAAAGUGUUGGCAUUGCCUUCCCGCUGAGAUUAUGAAAUCUGGGUUACUGAUCUACUUCAUAAAUAUGAAAUGGGAGUAUGCCCACAGGAAACUCUUGGUGAGGAUACUUACUGGUACAGGAAAAUGCUUGGGGUAUGGUGAUCAAACUCAUGAGAUACACGAAGUUGUUUGGCAAAGCAUAUCUGUCCUAGUCAGCAGAAAUGCAUAUACUCAGACUUGUUCCUCUGCUCACAGAACUUUCUUGCUUGAUUUGAUUGGGAGGGAAACCGUGGGAGAUACUUUCGCUAUUGAACGUGCAGCUAUCCUAUACAGAAUAGGCUGGAUGACUCUGAAGGGUUUCCAUUCUAAAGUUGCCAGGAUCGAUUGCUGUGAUCUUUCCAAAGUUCAGUUAUCAAAAACAGUACACUGGUUGAAGCUAGCCUUUGUACUCAGCCGUGAGGUUCCUGUACUUUUUCAAAAGGUUUCCAGACUGCUUUCUGCAAUAUAUCUGCUUUCUGCAACUAGUGAGCACUUUGCUUUGCCAUCUUGCAAAGAACUUUCUGAAAGUCAUUGGGCUUCAUAUUUUCAUCAAGCUUCACUUGGGACUCAUCUUAAUAACCAGUUCUUCCCUAGUACUUCUGGGAGAUCGAAUGCUCAACGCUUUGUAGAUUCUGGGGACUUGAAUGGGGUUGUUUCAUCUUGCGCACAUACAGAGACAUCCACACUGUUAAGGCUUGCCCCCGGGUCAGUGAAUGAUCUUGAACAAUUUGUGAUGAACUUUUAUGUGGGCCUUCCUGGCACUGCCAUCAUAUGUAUAAGUUUGCUCGGUCAUGAUUAUACCAAUUUAUUGCAAGAAUUGCUACUUUAUCCAUCUUCCAUUCAUGCAUGGUUGCUAUUGUCACGGUUGAAUUCUAAGAAUCAACCUGUUGUUUUGCUUUUGCCUCUGGAUUCAGUUUUAGAAGAAGUUUCAGAUGAUGCUGCUCCUAAUGAUGAUAAUGCAAGGGCUUGUCAGGAAUUGCGCCAGCUGAUGAAUUCAGGUAAAAAGUGGCAUUGUCCAUGGGGUUCCACUGUGGUUGAUAAUGUUGCUCCGGCAUUUAAAAUGAUAUUGGAAGAGAACUUCAUGACAUCUUCCGGCUGUCCUUUAGAAGAUACAAAAAGUACGAGGUCUUUGUGGUGGAUGGUUAGAAAGAAGGUUGAUCACCAACUUGGUAAACUGUUGAGUAAUUUAGAAGAUUCAUGGUUGGGUCCAUGGAGGCAUGUGCUUCUUGGGGACUGCUUGGACUGCAGAAGCUUGAACACAGUGCAUAAGAAGCUGGUGCAGGAUCUGAAAUCUAAAUGCAAAAUGGACAUAAAUGAGAGUUACCUUAAACUCGUUCUUGGAGCUGCGAAGUUUGACAUUGAAGAAGCAUGCCUUUCACUGCGGUGUUUAAGAAAAGGAUGCUACACUGGCAAGCUUGAACAUCACGAACAAGAAAAUUCUCAGACUAAUGGCAUUGAUGAUGUGUCUGCAUUGGCCUCUCAACUAAUACGUGAAGCAGUGAAUGAGCUUCAUAUGGAGGAUGCCAUCUGUAGGGAACCGAUAAUUUUGGUGUUGGACUUGGAAGUCCAGAUGCUUCCAUGGGAAAGUAUACCGAUACUAAGACAGCAGGAGGUUUAUCGAAUGCCUUCUGUAGGCAGUAUCUCUAUCAUACUUGAGAGAAGUCAGCGAUAUCAUGAGCUAGCUUGUACAAAUGCUGCCGCUUUUCCUCUGAUAGAUCCCUUGGAUGCCUUUUAUUUGUUAAAUCCCAGUGGAGACCUUAGUAGCACACAAGCUGAAUUUGAGAACUGGUUUAGGGAUCAAAAUUUUGAGGGAAAGGCUGGAACUGUGCCAACAGCUGAAGAACUGGCUACAGCCUUGAAAAGCCAUGACCUUUACUUAUAUUUUGGCCAUGGAAGUGGGGAGCAGUAUCUUUCCAAAGAUGAGAUUCAGGGACUGGAGAAGUGUGCUGCCACCGUGCUAAUGGGUUGCAGCAGUGGCUCACUGAGGCUUAAUGGAUGCUAUGUGCCGCGAGGUGUUUCACUAUCCUAUAUACAAGCUGGUUCUCCAGUUACUAUUGCCAACUUGUGGGAAGUGACAGACAAGGACAUUGACCGUUUCGGGAAGGCCGUGCUUAAUGCAUGGUUGAGAGAAAGAAUGGAUCUAGUAGAUUGUUCUCAAUGCAACCAACUGGUGAAAGAAUUUGAGGCCAUGAAAAUUAAAGGCCGUAAAGGCAAUUCCAGAAAGAAAUCGGCAAGCAGCAAUUUAACUGAAACUGCAAACAGUGGUUCGUCGACGAAUGCAUGUGAGCACAGACCGACAGUAGGAUCAUUUGUUGGUAGGGCUCGAGAAAGUUGCACCCUCCCUUUCUUGAAUGGGGCGUCGCCAGUUUGUUAUGGUGUCCCAACGGGCAUUAUGAAAAAGAAAGAUUUGUAGCAAUUCCAAACAGACCACUCAAAGGUAGCUUAGAAGUUGUACAGAUAUUUGAUUUCGGCUUACUACAUUAUUAUUUUUUAAAAUUACCAAAAAAAAUAAAUAUUUUUUUCAUGUGAUAA